AUGUUCCAUUUAAUAAGGCCGGUAUCUAGGCUUGGCGUAAAGUCUGUGGCCAGUAGGGCGUUGUACAAAGUUCCAAAGGGGCGUUCGCUGAUAUUGUUACGAAACGACGUAUGCCGUACGUUCCAUUCCGGUAAGCUCAACUUGAUGCAGAAUCGGUUUGAAAAGGAGCCUACGGAUGAAGACGUUGAUAAAGUCAGGAAAGAAGUUAGAAAGUUUAUCGAUGAUUUGAACAAAGAUCAGAAACUCGAUAUGGAAGAGCGUAAGAAGAAGAUUGAAGAGCAAUUACAGAGGUUGGAGCUUGCUGUGAAGAGGCAGCAGGAAAAAGAAGAUGCCCAAGAUAAAGCGAAUGAUCCUUUCCAUCUAGAGCGCGAGAAGAGAGAAUUUGAAGAAUCGGCGAAGAAGCAUGAUCCCAAGAAUGAUCCCAAGAAUGAGUCUAAGAAGAGUUCCAACGGAAAUACGGAUUUCACACCAAAUGAUUCGAAUAUGAUGACUGUUAACAUCAAUUUAUUCAAAGUUGGUUUGACAUUGACGAUAUUAGCAUUUAUCCUACACAGAUUGAACAGCAUGGAGGAACAAAGAGAACUUACAUGGCAAGAAUUCCGUAACCAGUUGUUGGUGAAAGGGUACGUGUCCAAAUUAAUUGUUAUCAAUAAUAAUCUAGUCAAGGUUAUCUUGAACGAUAACGGGAAAAAUCAACCUGAACAUAUGGGCCACGAUUUUUAUUUCUUUACGAUCGGAUCCGUGGAAUCAUUUGAACAUAAAUUGAAGAAAGCACAAGAUGAAUUGAAUAUCGCGGAAGACUUUAGAAUUCCUGUUCUUUACACUAGAGAGGGGAAUUGGGUCAAAUUAGCUUUCCAAAUAUUACCAACUGCACUAUUGAUUGCAGGUUUGAUUUGGAUUACUACAAAGGGUGCAUCCGCUGCCGGUGGUGGCCCAGGUGGUUUAUUCAACGUGCGUAAAUCAAAGGCCAGAAAGUUUAAUAAAGAUACCGACGUAAAGGUCAAUUUCAAGGAUGUUGCUGGUUGCGAUGAAGCCAAGGAAGAAAUCAUGGAAUUCGUUAGUUUCUUGAAAGAACCAUCCAGAUACGAAAGAAUGGGUGCCAAGAUUCCAAGAGGUGCAAUCCUAUCUGGUCCUCCCGGUACUGGUAAGACUUUGCUAGCAAAGGCUACUGCUGGUGAAGCUGGUGUUCCAUUCUAUUCUGUGUCUGGUUCCGAAUUCGUAGAAAUGUUUGUCGGUGUUGGUGCGUCCAGAGUCCGUGAUUUGUUCAAGACCGCUAGAGAAAAUGCUCCAGCUAUUAUCUUUGUUGAUGAAAUCGACGCUAUCGGUAAGGCAAGACAAAAGGGUAACUUCUCUGGUGCCAAUGACGAAAGAGAAAACACUUUGAACCAACUUUUGGUUGAGAUGGACGGAUUUACUACUGCAGAUCAUGUUGUUGUCCUUGCAGGUACCAAUAGGCCAGAUGUUCUAGAUCAGGCUUUGAUGAGACCUGGUAGAUUUGAUAGACAUAUCAACAUUGAUAGACCAGAGUUACAAGGCCGUCAAGAAAUUUUCAAAGUUCACUUGAAGAAAAUUACAUUGGCUGGUGAUAUGACAGAUCUACAAAACAGAUUGGCUGUUAUGACACCAGGUUUCUCCGGUGCUGACAUUGCUAAUGUUUGUAACGAAGCUGCAUUGAUUGCUGCCAGAAACGAUUGUGAUGCUGUUAGAUUGGAACAUUUCGAACAGGCCAUUGAAAGGGUCAUCGGUGGUGUCGAAAGAAAAUCAAAACUAUUGUCUCCACAAGAAAAGAAGGUUGUCGCAUAUCAUGAAGCUGGUCAUGCCGUCUGUGGUUGGUAUCUAGAGUUUGCUGACCCAUUACUCAAAGUCAGUAUCAUUCCUAGGGGUCAAGGUGCUCUAGGUUACGCACAAUACUUACCAGGUGAUGUAUACCUACUUUCAGAACAACAACUAAAGGACAGAAUGACCAUGGCACUAGGUGGCCGUGUAUCAGAGGAACUGCACUUCCCAAGCGUGACCUCUGGCGCUAGCGAUGAUUUCAAGAAAGUUACUCGUAUGGCUACUGCAAUGGUAACUGAGUUAGGUAUGAGCGAUAAGAUCGGGUGGAUCAACUUUGCCAAGAAAAGUGAAAACGAUCUAACCAAACCGUUCUCCGAAGAAACAGGAUCCAUUGUGGACUCUGAAGUGUACCGUAUCGUUCAAGAAUGCCACGAUCGUUGCGCCAAGUUACUCAAAGAAAAGGCUGAAGACGUUGAAAAGAUUGCUCAACUUCUACUGAAAAAGGAAGUUCUAACAAGAGAAGAUAUGAUUGCACUCUUAGGUAAACGUCAAUUCCCAGAACGUAACGACGCAUUCGACAAAUACUUGAAUGAACGUGAAACCAAAAAGAUCAAAGAUCAAGAAGCAGCUAACGAACUGAAGAACAGAGCAUCUGAAAAGAAAGAUGAACAGGAGGAUAAUGAUAAGAAGGAUUCGGACAAGAAGGAUUCAGACAAAAAGAGCAAUGAACAAGAUGAUCCCAACGUCUUUUAA